CACUUCCGGCGACCCAAAUGGCGGACUAACGAAUUCAUUCAUUCAUUUUGAAUUCGAUCAAAACGUACAUUAAAAAUGUAUCCGUCAUGUUUACGUAUAUGUCUGAUAUCCUCCUCCCAUCCGUUCUGUGAUUGGGCGUUCGCAAGGACUCCUGGGUAGGUAACUUCAGUGGAGUCUGCAUCAAAGACUGCAUCGAGGGCACAAAUGAGGAGCUCGCGAGCAGACUUUUGAGCGCUAAAAAGACAAAUGGGACACGUUUCGAACUCGUAGACUUGGUGAGAACGCGCAAUUUUAGUCCACGAGACCGCAAGUCCACAUGAAGUGCGCCAUUUGGGACAGGGCCAAGGUUGUUGCUAGAAGGGAUACAGCUACAGCCGGAAGUGGUGCAAAAUCUCGCCAUAUAAUCACAAUAAAUUACAUUAGCUAACGCCUACACCUACCCCAACCCUAAACCUAACCUUACAAUAAUAAAAAAAUAUUAAUAAACUGUUUUCAGCGUGACAAAAAGUAUGCGGUAAUGAAGUGCGCAUGCCCAGUGGAGGUAGCUGUUUCCCUUCUAGUUAAAACCGUUGCUUGUCCGUGCAAAAGCGCCUUCUGGCGGUUAAAGUGACAGUCACGUGAUGAGAGGUCACACGAUGUAGCUUUGUGUAUUAUCACUUUCACAAUCACAAUUGUCACUCACAGCUGCUGAACGUCUUCAACACGAGCCGAACAGAUGUCCCACAACGACAGCAGUCAGGUUAGGAAUUGUCUGAAUCAGACAGAUAACAAUUUGACAACUAAAGCAUCAGUAGGGGAGACGUCACAGAAGCCCUCACGGAACGACUCCAGAAACACGAGCACCACACACCAGCGCUCAUGUAGUGAAUCUGGAGCCGCCGGAGCCACAAACCAACCGCAACGUACUGAACCUGGCGACAGAGGAGCUGCAAACCAGCCUUCACAAAAUCAAUCUAUGGGUGAAGGGUCUGUUCGUAACGCUUCAUUAAAUGCUACCACUUCAGGGGUCCGAACAGAAGACACAUACCCCUUCAGUAAUCUCAAGACACUGCAGGCGUGUGACAUGAGCCGGCUCUCCUUUAUCAGAGAGCAUACAGUUCUGAUAUACACACAAUAUCUACUUAAUAAUGGUUUUAUUGCACCUCACACUGGGAAAGCCUUUUGGGAUGGUCUUCAUGUGAAGUUACCGCAUUUGUAUCCACACCCCGCUGGCCACCAGACGUCCCAUAAGACUCAUCAUGUUCCGCUCUCUCGCUGGGGCGUCACCCGUGAAGCGCUGAAACAGCUCACCAGAGGCCAUUUCUCUAUCGGAGAUGUUCAGAGUGCGAUAAUGUCUUACAAUUCUGACUACAAAAACAAAUGGACCUUUGAAGUGCUUUCUCAUUAUGCACAGAGACUGCAAAAAGAAGACCGUAAUCUAGAAACGGUGAUCCCUAAAAUGGCUAAACUGGCUUGGGAGUUACCUGAACUCAUUCGAAAGGGCAUCCCUCUUCUGAGAAGUCAACAAACCAAGGCCAUCACUUUGUCUCAGCAGCAGAUAGCGUGUCUGUUAGCCAACGCUUUCUUCUGCACCUUCCCUCACAGAAACAACACUAAACCCGGAUCAGAAUACGCAACAUUCCCAACCAUUAAUUUCAGCAGUCUGUUUAGUAACCAUCCUAAAGACGCAGCGAAAGAAGCCCAAAAGGCACAGAAACUAAGAGCCAUAUUCCAAUACUUCCACACGGUGACAAAUGAAGAUCCACAUCAGCCGGAAGUGUUAAAACCUGAUGGAUUGGUUACUUUUGAAAGGAUUUGCAUACCUCAAGAACAGCUACCCAAAUGGAAGAAUGAGAAAAAGCUCUUGAGAAACCUUCACGUCUCUUCAAAAGGGUCCAUCGAGGAAGAGGGUUCUGGUUUACUGCAGGUGGACUUUGCCUGUAAAUAUAUUGGUGGUGGAGUGUUGGGGACAGGACUGGUUCAGGAGGAGAUUCUCUUCCUCAUGAGUCCUGAACUCAUUGUGUCCAGACUCUUCACAGAGAAACUGGAUCAUAAUGAAUGCCUCAGAAUCACAGGGGCUCAGAUUUACAGCAGUUAUUCUGGUUAUAGCAGAAGCUUUGAGUGGGCCGGUCCAUACCAUGACAAAACUAAGCGUGACAAGUGGAGAAGACGUUAUCGUCAGAUUGUCGCCAUUGAUGCUCUGGAUUUUAAAAACCCAAAGGAUCAGUACACCAAAGAAAACAUCACUCGUGAGCUCAACAAGGCAUAUGUGGGCUUCCGAAGAGAUCCUGAUAUCCCUCCAGGAUGUCUUCCAGCCAUCGCAACGGGCAACUGGGGCUGUGGUGCCUUCGGUGGUGACCCUAAACUCAAAGCUCUCAUCCAGCUGAUGGCCGCUGCAGUGGCUGAGAGAGACAUGGCUUACUUCACUUUUGGUAAUGACCAUGUGGCAAAAGAACUGCAAAACGCGUAUAAUCAUCUGAAGACACACAAAGUGACAGUAGAUCAACUGUACAAGGUGCUGAUUGACUAUUGUGGACACGCUCGUGAACGAUCUGACCUCUACGUAUUCAUCUUUAAGAAGAUUGGGGUACAGCCGAGCCAACUGUAAACCUGCUACUAAACAUUGGAAAUUCAUUACACUCGGCACAUGAAGAAAUAAUCAACAGUUCAGCAGUAUUAAAUGUAGAAAGCUACUGGAGAGAUCCAAUGUCUUACGAACCCAAAUAAUGAAGUAAUGAUAGUAAAAAAUCUGCUGUAAGAAAAUCUGGAGUCAGUGGUGGUAGAGUAGAUGUAAGUACCUUAAUCUAAACAGA